CUCCUCCUCCUCCUCUCUACCUCCUAUCCAUCUGCCAUCCAUCCCUCCCCCUUUUUCUUCCUGAAAGGAUCCAGCCAUACCAGAUCCACAAGUCCUGGUGUUUUUAAAAGGAUCUGCCUGGGGAAUAAGGCUCAUCUGGGCACCGUGACACUCACCUUGAUUGUGGUGGGAAGUCCAACAGCCACUCUGCUGCAGGUAGCAUCAUGAAGGCCCGUGUUCCUUUCCUAGUGGCUAUGCUCUGUGGUCUAGCCUGGGCUGGAAACCUGGAGUCGUGCGCAUCUCGCUGCAAUGAGAGGUUUAACCGGGAUGCUAUCUGCCAGUGUGAUCGGCGGUGUCUCCAGCAUGAUGACUGCUGUGACGACUAUGAACAUCUGUGCACUGUUGAAGAAGGCCCCCCAGAGCCAAAGGCAUUCCUGGAUCCAGAGGACGAGAUCCCAGCAAGCCACCUGUACUCCGCACCAAGCUCCUGCCAGGGCCGCUGCCGGGAAGCCUACGACAAGCACCACCCUUGCCACUGCAAUGACCGCUGCCUAGAGUUUGGGAACUGCUGUGAGGAUUUUGACAGCCUGUGUGGCGGUGAUCACGAGGGGUUCUCCCACAGCAGCGAUGCCAUUACCAAGGAAGAGCUUGAGGGCAUCUCUGAGACCAUCUACAAGGUAGAUACCAAUAAAGCCCAGAAGACAGACAUUGUCCUCAACAGUCAAAACAGAAUCUCCUCGUCGGAGACAGGGAACCAAGUGGAUCGAUGCCCAGAGCCGCUCUUCACUUACGUCAACGAGAAGCUGUUCUCCAAGCCUACCUACGCAGCCUUUAUCAACUUACUCAACAAUUACCAGCGGGCCACGGGCCACGGGGAGCACUUCAGUGCCCAGCAGCUGGAGGAGCAGGGCGUCUUCCUCAGAGAGGUCAUGAAGACAGCUGUCAUGAAGGAGCUCUACGGCUUUCUCCAUCACCAAAACCGUUAUAGCUCCGAACAAGAGUUUGUGGAUGAUUUGAAGAACAUGUGGUUUGGACUCUAUUCAAGAAGCAAUGAGGAAGGGGAUUCGAGUGGCUUUGAGCAUGUCUUCUCUGGCGAAGUGAAGAAAGGCAAGGUCACCGGCUUCCAUAACUGGAUCCGCUUCUACCUGCAGGAGAAGGAGGGUCUGCUUGACUAUUACAGUCACAACUACGACGGGCCUUGGGACUCCUAUCCCGAUGUCCUGGCCAUGCAGUUCAAUUGGGAUGGCUACUACAAAGAAGUGGGCUCAGCCUUCAUCGGCAGCAGCCCUGAGUUCGAGUUUGCCCUUUAUUCUCUGUGCUUCAUCACCAGGCCAGGCAAAAAGUGCCAUUUGAGCCUGGGUGGCUAUCCUUUGGCCAUCCAGACCUACACCUGGGAUAAGACCACCUACGGAAAUGGCAAGAAAUACAUUGCCACAGCCUACGUGGUGUCUUCUUCCCAUUAGAGCCUGCAGCCGGCUGGGCUCUGAGGGCAGAGGGCCAAGCGGGACCCAGGUGCUAUUCGCUGUUUACUGGGGAAGGGAGGAAGGGACCUGGGAGGAAUCCCGGAGCCCAGUUUUAUAAAAGGAAUCUCGAAUCUAGAAAUGCCCACUUGGGAGAGGGAAAAAAAAAGAUAUAAUUAGAAAAAUGCAGAGAAUCAGCCAAACCUUUGUCUUCCUGUAUUUUGGUAACAUGAACUAGGAAACAGAGCUCUCUCUGCCUAGAGAAAGGAGCUGCCCUCAAGGGCUCUUUUCCAUGUAGUGGGGCUGCGAGCAGGUCCUCGGCCUCACUCACACUUCCCUCUAAUGUGAAGGGGAGGGUUGAGGCUGACAGCACUAUAACUGUGAAGGUGUGUUCAGUUGUUUGUAGGGAGAGCAGGUUGUAGAAAUUCAGGAUUACCAAGUGGCCGUCAGUGCACACGCUCUGCAGCUGUGACUCAGCUUGUGUUGGGUUCUAAAGAAACAGGUGGAUCUUAGAGAAUCAGGCCUGUAACAGUGCAGAAUCAUAAUAACUGGUCUCCAUCACUGGAGAACUUGUGAGGUGGAAAUUGGGCCAGCGGCAGGUGGUUUCCUCAGUCCUAGACAUCUGUGUGGCCAACUUAGCAUCGGCUUCUACAAGUUUCCCGCUUGCAGAUGUUCAGCGCAGUUACAGACAUGCCUUUGAUCCCACAGUUUUGUUUCAUUUCAAAAGAAUUCCCCUCAUAGGAGGACAGCUGAGCAUCAAAGGAAGAAAAGAAUCUAUAACUUGGUGUCAUUGACAAUUACAUUAAUGUUUACCCAACUGCUAUAAUUUGAAACAUUCUGGGCUGAGAGAAGGACCCUGUGGUUUCUAAUUUCAACCCCAAAUGACAUAUUAUUCCCCCUUGAUGCUCAGGAGCCAGAUGUGGCCCCACAGAGCCAGGCUUGUACCACAGCUCCGAGGUGUCAAGUUUCCAAUUAAAGCCACUGGAGAAAACCUGAA